CAUAAUGCCUUUAUAAAGACGCCUACAAGGAUCCUCAAAAUGGUCAGAGUACCAAGAGAAAUAGCAGGCUGUGUGGCCCUGCCUCUGACGAUACCACCCCGGGCUUCAUAUCCAAAAGAAACCAGGCACUACGUUUACCUGCGCCCUCACGACCCUCAGAUCCCCGAUGAAGACUCCCCUAGAUCCCUCUUUCUCGUCAACGUUCCAGUAUCAUCUUCUCUCCAAUCACUAAGAGAUCUGUUUACAAACCAACUCAACGGAGGUCGGAUAGAAAGGGUGCAGUUUGGAGAACAUGGGUCAAGCACAUCAAAGGCUGUUUCGGUGAACAGUCGCAAGAGGAAGCGGAUGACGGCAGACGAACUCGAGACUGGGCUAGCUUCUCAUUCCCUUCCACAGGUUUUCGACAGCGAGAUCCAUCCGACCGGCUCGACCGCUGUGGUUGUCUUUGUCGACCGCUCGAGCAUGGAACUUGCGUUAAAGGCGGCCAAAAAGGCCGUCAAGGAAGGGAAAGUCAUUAAGUGGGAGAGCGAGGGCUCUGGAUUAGGGUUGACCCGAUAUGAGCAUCACAAACACUUGCAAUAUCCUUCGAGGAAAGAACUGUUACGAAGCGUCAACGGAUUCAUGACUGCCUAUGCUCAGAUGGAGGAGGCCAGAAGUAAAGAAAACGCGCGGAAGCGGCAAUUGCCCGACGAAGAUGGAUUUAUCACCGUUACCAGAGGCUCCAAGGGUGGUGCGAGGAUGGAGGAGGCGAAGGAGCUGGCGGAGAAGGCCAAAGAGAAGACCAAGGGCCUUGAAAACUUCUACCGAUUCCAGAUGCGCGAGAAGAGGAAAGAAGAGCACAAUGAGAUGCUGAAGAAAUUUGAGGACGACAAGCGAAAAGUCAAUGAAAUGAGGCAACGACGAGGCAAGUUACAAAUCAAGCAAGGACGAGCACUAGUGAGGCUGGGGCCAGGCAUCAAGGAGUACUCAGCACAGGAUGGAAUCAUCCAAGUGCCUCGAUACGCAGUCCAUGAAUGGCAGCGAGUUCCGCAUUCUGAGGAUGGAGAAGACCUGGUUGUGCAGGAAUGGACUAUACCCGAGGAUGGAGAUAAAGAGGCCUUCUUUCGGAUGUUGAAUUCGUUCUUGACCGAACAAGAGCCACAGAAGUUGUAUCACGUGCCUAAAGUGGUUAGAUGGAUGGUCGGGAGGUGGGUCGAGCAAUGGGUGGUGAUGUUGCAACUAUUUGCCAUAUUUCAGGCGUGGGACAAUUAUCCAGUCUUCCUGGGGGAUGACAGCGGCUGGAUUGGAUGGUUGACGACACAUCUGGUCUUGGGGAUUGCUUCAAUGGCUGGACUGUUGAUAGGAGUACGGGGCGAUUAUCCCGAGUAUACUGGAGAGCAGUCUAAGUCGAAAGAGAAGUCUAAGUCUAGUUAG